AUGACCUCCCCUUCCCUUCCUCCCUCCUCCACAACCGCCGCUCCACCCUCUUCCCUCCCGCGCAUGCCCGCAAAGCAAAGAAUGGCCCUCUCCCUCAAGUCGUUUGUGAGCUCGGUGCUGGGCGGAGGCGCGCCGCAGCCGCCCUCGGCCACGGAGCUGUUUGUCAAGGUGGACCCCAAGGUCGACGGGGAGGAGUGCCUGCACGACUGCGACGGCUGCACCGCGCGGUAUCCGAGGGGGUUCAAGAUCGAGACCGAGGAUGUGCUGUAUGGCCAGAUCAAGGCGUGGAGCACGCAUCUGCUCGUGGGUACGGGCAAGACGGAUUGGGUGAGGGAUGUGGCGGAUGAGAAGGGGAGCGUCAUGCAGGCCGUGGAGAAGGCGAGUGCGCCUACCAACGGGAAACUCAUGCUCUCGGCAUCCAACAUGCCCACUCCUCACGACACCGACGACUACUCGGAGCCCACCACCCUGCUCCUCCUCCCAGCCUUUAAGCUCAUCCACAAUGCUCACCCUCUUAACGCCCCCCAACUCAUCACCGAGAUCAUCAACCAGGCACCCACAAGCACUUCCCCCCUCUCCCCCACGCCCCUACCUGCUUCCCUCCCUUCCCCGGAUCCUGACGCCGGGGUUCCCGCUCUGUCUUUGACUGACUGCCCGCACAAUGCCGUGAUUCUCAUGUGCAGUCAUCGGACACGAGAUGCGCGGUGUGCACAGAGCGCCCCGAUUCUGAGGAAAGAAUUCGAGCGCCAGCUAAGGCCGCUGGGUCUGUACCGGGACCUGCAUGAUGAGAGGCCAGGUGGUGUAGGAAUCUACUACAUCAGCCAUGUGGGAGGCCACAAGUACUCUGCCAACGUCAUGAUCUAUCGUCGACCAAACGCCUUUGGCUUGGACGACACGGCGCCGGGCGAGACCAACGGGACUACGAAUGGGGCUCAGAAGACCAACGGCACCAACGGCGCCGAGAAGAACGGCCACACAAAUGGCUCAGAGGAGCAAGCCGGCACCGUCGGUGCCUCGCAGGGCAUCUGGCUAGCACGAGUCAAGCCCGAGGACUGCGAGAACCUAAUCCGCUACACAGUGCUGCGAGGAAAGGUGGUCAAGCCCGAGAGCCAGCUGCGGGGCGGCUUUGACCGAGCGAGGGGCCUCAUGAGCUGGUGA